GGACGGGAACCGCAAUCGCAAUCGCAGCUUACGCCCACGGCUCAACAAUUGGCCAAGCAUUCCCCCAGGGAGUGUUUAAAUGGGAUGCAUACUAGAAAGUGAGCAUCUUUAGAAACCAAGGAACAGAGGAGGUAAAGGUCAGAGCGAAGUGCGCUGAGGUAAGAGAUAGGGGAGCACAGAGGAGAGGCAGAGUCCUGGUAUGGAUGGGAAGGUUGAUGGAGUAGGACCUGGGAGGGUCUGCAGAGCUGGGGAGUCCCUGGAGUUCCCCCUCCCCUCCCAUCACCUGCUAAAUACAUAAGGGGAUAGAUUUGGGGGCGGGGGCGGGGUGCAUGAGGCCAGGAGUGAAGAGGCAAGAAUGGAGAUGGAAGGAGAGAGGAGCAUGACUGAGAUGUCAUGAACAUGAAACUGCGGUCUUUAUAAAUUCCAGCUUGGAGAUUCCUGCAGCUUCAGGGGCCUUCCCGCUUCCUUUAGCAUCACUUACGGCUUUGGGCUGAUGUCUUGCUUUACAAAUUCAGUGAUAUGAAGGGAUCAAUCCGAAACAAAGCCAGCGCAUUCCUCCAUCCAAAAUCUAGGAGAUGUGUAUGAUCAAAAGACGUAUAGCGUCGGAUUUAUAGUCUUUGCGGAACUCGAAGUCUAGUGAGGAAACCUGAGUGGGUGAACACUGUAACAGAAGACUGCCCAUGUUAGAUCCUGGGAAAGGGCUGCUUUUUAACCACCUAUUUUAUUGUCUUUAUUUCUCCUCCUGUCUGUCUGAGAUACCUACUUAUAUGGCAGAAGAAAUGGUCUCACACAUUUUCAGGCGGAGAAAAGUGCAAUAUUAGGGGCAUGGCUCAGGAAUCAGUGACCCUGGUCUAAAUCCUGGCUUUGCUCCUUCCUGUGUCACUCAGCCUGAGACUCAGUCUCUACCUCCACAAAACGGUGCUAAAAAUACAAAGCACCUCAUCCGGCUUGGUGUGGGCUAGAUGACAAAAGGUAUCAGUGUGGCACCUUGCCCAUGAGAAGCCCACAAUAAAUGUGAGUGCUAAUAUCAAUUUUGAUUGUGAAUUUUGCAAAGAGACAUUAAAGAAAUGUGUCUGUCAUUCUCCCUUAAGCAUCUCAACACCAUCUCAUUUCAGUUUUCAUCAGUCCAUGGACUGAUAAAGGGCUGUUGCAGACCAUCCCCUCCUCGGCAUGUUUCUCUCUCCUUGUCUGUCUCUAGUUGCUCUUGUUAUCACCAUAAUUACUCAUUUCCUGGCCCAUUUCUUCUUUUGUCCCUCAUUCAUCUGUCCUCGGGUCAAAACAGAAACGAGAAACCAGAGUCUUUCAGUUGGAAGGAAUGCGAAAAACAUCUUUGCCACUCUGGCAUUUUAUAGAUGAGGAAACUGAAGUUGAGGGAUAGUGAGGAGCUUGUCCAAGGUCGUGUAUACAUAGCCAGUAAUCACUGGGACCAAAGUUCUCUUGGCAAUUGGUCAAGCUGGCAUCAUGAGGUGGUUGAAGGCGCCCAUUGCGUUAACGUGAUUGUUUUGGGGGUUUAAUUAUUAUUUCUCUCCAAAGAGACAGCUUUCUUCCAUGGCUCAGGACGCACUCUUGGGUCGAGCCAAUAGGAAAACCUUCUGGUUCUUACAAGAUAUUGCGUACAAUUCCCUGUGCCAUACAGGGUGCACUUUUAAAAAGACUUCUUACGCAUAUGCUGUUUUCACCACCUGACUUCCCAGCGUGGACCUAUGCUCAGGGACUCUGACCAGGGCUGCAUCCAAGCAUGGCAAGCAUCCGCUGCAAGCUGGCUCGUUACCUGGAGGACCUGGAAGAUGUAGACUUUAAGAAAUUCAAGAUGUACUUAGAAGACUAUCCUCCUCAGAAGGGCUACGUCUCACUUCCUCGGGGUCACACAGAGAAAGCAGACCAUGUGGAUCUAGCCACUCUGAUGAUCGACUUCAACGGGGAAGAAAAGGCGUGGGCCAUGGCCACAUGGAUUUUUGCUGCAAUCAACAGGAGAGACCUUUACGAGAAGGCUAAGAGGGAGGAGCCAGAAUGGGACAAUGCCAAUGUUUCUGUGAUAUGCCGGGAAGAAAGCCUUGAAGAGGAGUGGAUGGGUUUACUCGGAUUCCUUUCCAGAAUCUCUGUUUGUAAAAAAAAGAAAGAUUACUGUAAGAAGUACAGGAAUCACGUGCGAAGCAGAUUUCAGUGCAUCAAAGACAGGAACGCCCGUCUGGGUGAGAGCGUGAACCUCAACAAGCGUUUCACCCGGCUGCGUCUCAUCAAGGAGCAUCGGAGCCAGCAGGAGAGGGAGCACGAACUCCUGGCCAUUGGGAGGACCUCGGCCAAGAUGCGGGAUGGACCUGUGAGCUCCAUGAACUUGGAGACGCUGUUUGAUCCCGAGGACCAACACUCUGAUCCUGUGCACACGGUGGUAUUCCAGGGAGCAGCGGGCAUCGGGAAGACAAUCCUGGCCAGGAAGAUCAUGCUGGACUGGGCCUCAGGGAAGCUUUACCAGGACAGAUUUGACUACUUGUUUUACAUCCACUGCCGGGAGGUGAGCCUCGGGACCCAGAGGAGCCUGGGGGACCUGAUCGCCAGCUGCUGCCCUGACCCAUACCCACCCAUAGGCAAGAUCGUGAGCAAGCCUUCCCGGAUCCUCUUCCUCAUGGACGGCUUCGAUGAGCUGCAAGGUGCCUUUGACGAGCACACGGAGGCCCUCUGCACGAACUGGAAGAAGGUGGAGCGGGGAGACAUUCUCCUGAGCAGCCUCAUUAGAAAAAGACUGCUCCCCGAAGCCUCCCUGCUCAUCACCACGAGACCGGUGGCCCUGGAGAAACUUCAGCACUUGCUGGGCCGGGCUCGCCAUGUGGAGAUCCUGGGUUUCUCAGAGGCCAAGAGGAAAGAAUAUUUCUUUAAGUAUUUCUCAGACGAGCAGCAAGCCAGGGAAGCCUUCCGGCUGAUUCAGGAGAAUGAGAUCCUCUUCACCAUGUGCUUUAUUCCCCUGGUCUGCUGGAUUGUGUGCACUGGGCUGAAACAGCAGAUGGACAGUGGCAAGAGUCUUGCUCGGACGUCCAAGACCACCACUGCCGUCUAUAUAUUCUUCCUCUCCAGUCUGUUGCAAUCUCAAGGAGGGAGCCAGGAGCACCAGGUCUCCGCCAACCUCCGGGGUCUCUGCUCGUUGGCUGCAGAUGGCAUCUGGAACCAGAAAAUCCUAUUUGAGGAGUGUGAUCUCAGGAAUCACGGCCUGCAGAAGGCAGAUAUGUCUGCUUUCCUGAGGAUGAACCUAUUCCAAAAGGAAGUGGACUGUGAGAAAUUCUACAGCUUCAACCACAUGACUUUCCAGGAGUUCUUUGCUGCCAUGUACUACCUGCUCGAGGAGGAGGAUCAGGGGGAGAGGAGGAACACACCGCGGAGCUGUUCCAAGCUUCCCACCCGGGAUGUGACCGUCCUUCUUGAAAACUAUGGCAAAUUUGAAAAGGGGUAUCUGAUUUUCGUUGUCCGUUUCCUCUUUGGUCUUGUAAACCAGGAGAGAACGUCCUACCUGGAGAAAAAACUGAGUUGCAAGAUCUCUCAGAAAAUCAGGCUGGAGCUGCUGAAAUGGAUCGAGGCGAAAGCCACGGCCAAGAAGCUACAAGCUGAGCCCAGCCAGCUGGAACUGUUCUACUGUUUGUAUGAGAUGCAGGAGGAGGACUUUCUGCAAAGGGCCAUGGUCCAUUUCCCCCAAAUUGAGAUCAACCUCUCCACCAGAAUGGACCACGUGGUUUCUUCUUUUUGCAUUGAGAACUGUCGCCAUGUGGAAUCACUUUCCCUGAGGUUGCUCCAUAACUCACCCAAGGAGGAGGAGGAGGAAGAGGAGGAGGAGAAAGGGGAGGAGGAAGGGGUUCAAUACUCUGAAGUGGACCACUGUGUCCCCUCCGAGCCCCCUGUUGCGUAUUCUCAGCGGUUGGUGAACUAUCUCACUUCCAGCUUUUGCAGGGGCAUCUUCUCAGUUCUGAGCAAUAACUGGAACCUCACUGAAUUAAACCUCAGUGGCAAUAAUCUGGGAGACCCAGGGAUGAAGGUGUUAUGUGAAACACUCCAGCAACCUACCUGCAACAUUCGCAGACUGUGGCUGGGGCAGUGCUGCCUUUCCCACCAGUGCUGCUUCAACAUCUCCUCAGUGCUGAGCAACAACCAGAAGCUGGUGGAGCUGGAUCUGAGCCACAACGCCCUGGGAGACUUCGGGAUCAGGCUUUUGUGUGUGGGACUCAGGCAUCUCUUCUGCAAUUUGAAGAAGCUCUGGUUGGUCAGUUGCCAUCUCACAUCAGCCUGCUGUGAGGAUCUCGCGUCCGUCCUGAGCACCAAACACUCCCUGACCAGACUCUACUUGGGAGAAAAUGCCCUGGGAGACUCAGGAGUUGGAAUAUUAUGUGAAAAAGCAAAGAAUCCACAGUGUAACCUGCAGAAACUGGGGUUGGUGAAUUCUGGCCUCACAUCAGGUUGCUGUCAGGCUCUGUCCUCAGUGCUCAGCGCUAACCAGAAUUUCACGCACCUUUACCUCCGGGGCAACGCUCUUGGAGACAUGGGGGUCAAGCUCCUCUGUGAGGGACUCCUGCACCCCAACUGCAAGCUUCAGAUGUUGCAGUUAGAUAACUGCACCCUCACCUCACACUGCUGCUGGGAUCUUUCCACACUGCUGACCUCUAACCGGAGCCUGCGAGAGCUGAGUCUAGGCAGCAACGACCUGGGUGACCUGGGGGUGAUGCUACUCUGUGAAGUGCUGAAACAGCAGGGCUGCCUCCUGAAAAACCUGAAGCUGUGUAAAAUGUAUUUCAAUUAUGAUACAAAAUGUGCGUUAGAAACACUUCGAGAAGAAAAGCCCGGGUUGACCAUUGUCUUUGAGCCUUCUCGGUAGUGGCGGAAGCAGGGAUACCAGAUGCCAGUGCUCUUUGCCCCCCCCCCCAACCCCCCGCCAUCGAGCUAUGAGCGGGGUGGUAGUCAGUGCUCCUCCAUCAGAGUUAAGACCACCUCUCUGCAAUUCUUUGGCUCCAGGGUGGGAGAGUGAAAGCUUGCUGACAGUGCCUUUGUAUAGAGAACACGAGGUACCUCUGGGUUGAAGACACCAGGGGAAGAAAAUCAUCUAAAUGGUAACAGUUCUCAUCACAGUGCGUCAGUCAGAGGACGAGUUCCUCCUGGUGACCUCAUAUAACGAACUCAUUCAAUAAAACACUUUUUCUUUCUUUCUUUCCUUUUACUCUAACUCUCCUUUCCCUUGUAUCUUUCCACCUCUUCUUUGUUUUCUGUUUACUUUUAACCAUAUCAUCCCUUCUGCCAUCUUUCUCUUAACUGACCAUAACAGAAUGGGUUAACUGUAUAUUAUGUUGCAAUUUUGUGGCAGCCAACUUAUUUAUUUUUAAUUUUUGAACAGUUGUAUUUUCUAAUAAAUUAAUUCAUGUUUAUUGUAUUAUAGCUGAUUGAAGAUUCACAAAAUAUAAAACCUUUUUGUAUUUAUUAAGUUACAUUGUUUCCUUUCCUUAAUUAAAAAAAG